AGAGGAAAAAAGGGACGAAGCAGAAGCGGAAAAGUAGUUGAAGGCGACGGGAAACGUGUCCGAGCGAUGGAAGUGAGGAAAGAAUACUGAGUUACACCGAGUCGUGGUUUCGAUUUGUGGUUUAGCAGUGCUGCAUCCGACAUGCAGGGCAAGGAGAGUCCUGUUGGGCCCAACACCCAGGAGGCCCAGCAGUACGUUGGGCCUUACCGCCUGGAAAAAACGCUGGGAAAGGGACAGACGGGUCUGGUGAAACUCGCGGUUCAUUGCGUCCUCGGCAAGAAGGUGGCCAUCAAGAUCAUCAACCGUGAAAAACUCUCGGAGACGGUCCUGAUGAAGGUGGAACGAGAAAUCGCCAUUAUGAAGCUGAUCGAUCAUCCCCACGUUUUAGGGCUCUCCGACGUCUACGAGAACAAGAAGUAUUUGUAUCUCGUUCUCGAGCACGUCUCGGGGGGCGAGCUUUUCGACUACCUCGUCAAGAAGGGAAGGCUGACGCCGAAGGAGGGAAGGAGAUUUUUUCGACAAAUCAUUUCCGCCCUAGAUUUCUGCCACAGUCAUAGUAUAUGUCAUAGAGAUUUAAAGCCUGAGAACCUACUUCUGGACGAAAAGAAUAACAUAAAAAUAGCGGAUUUUGGAAUGGCAUCGCUUCAGCCGGCGGGUUCGUUACUGGAAACGAGCUGUGGAUCGCCGCACUACGCUUGUCCCGAAGUAAUUAGGGGAGAAAAAUACGACGGAAGAAAGGCCGACGUCUGGUCGUGCGGAGUCAUUCUGUACGCCCUUUUAAUCGGCGCCCUGCCUUUCGACGACGACAACCUGAGGCAACUCCUGGAGAAGGUGAAACGCGGAGUGUUUCACAUACCGCAUUUUGUCCCGCCCGACUGCCAGAACCUUCUGCGUGGAAUGCUAGAAGUCAACCCCGAUAAGAGACUGACUCUCGCCGAAAUAAACAGGCACAUAUGGGUGACGGCCGCAGGGAAGGGCGAACUUGAGUUGGAGCUUUCCAUGAUGGAUGUUGUUCAAACUCACGUCAUUCCGUCCGUGGAUGCGAUAGAUCCAGACGUCCUUCAGGCGAUCGCGAGCCUUGGCUGCUUUAAGGAGAGAGAUAAAUUGAUACAGGAACUGCUUAGCCCCAACCACAACACGGAGAAGGUUAUAUACUUUUUACUACUUGAACGAAAGCGGAGAAGACCGGCGUGUGAGGACGAGCUCGAGGUGAUAAGGAGUGGAAUGAGAAGCUCGACCGGACAAUUGGAAGCUGAUCCACCGAGGAAACGAGUAGACACUUGUAGAGUUAAUGGCAGCACGGCUCUGAACUUAGGGCAAAUCAGUCACGGGUCACCAUUGACGCCGAGAAGACAAACCAGCGGGAGUGCGAGACACCAUGCGCGGCGUUCUCCAAGCACUGGUUCGCACUCGUAUGCCUCUCAUUCUCACGCUUCGACGCCGGGUGGUUCGCCACUUCACGUACCAACGGUUGCCGGUUUCCUCAGUCCUCACAGAGCGGUGCCGAGUUCUCAUCUUGCCCAAAGUGGCAGUCCUUACAGGUUAUCCGUCGUCGGUGCAUCAAGCGGAAACAGCAGCCAGACCCAGGUGAUGCCACCUCCUAUUCCACCGCCGGCCAGCGUUGGGAUUGAGCUGAACGAGGUCCAACCUGUUCUUCCUGUCGGUAUGACGCCGCCAGGAUCUCCUCACACCGGUGCAGGAUCUGGGUCUCAUCACUGGAGGUCACGACUCACUACACUUAAAAACUCCUUCCUUGGCAGCCCGAGGUUUCAUCGGCGUAAAUUGCUCACCAGUUCCGAAGAGGUGCAACUAACACCGGACUCGUCACCUGAACUGACGAAGAAAUCAUGGUUCGGCAGUCUAAUGGCGACCGAAAAAGAUGAAACCAUCACGAUCCUGGUUAAGGAAAAACCCCUGGCUAGCAUCAAGGCGGAUUUGAUACACGCGUUUCUCUCGAUAGCGGAAUUGUCCCACAGCGUAAGUUCGCCAAUGUCAUUCAGGGUGGAAUACAAAAGGGGAAGCACCGCGCCAGCCAUGUUCCAGCGGCAGGUGCGGUUUCAAGUCGACAUAAGUGCUAUUUCAAAACAGCCAAGUGAAAAUCUUUUCGCCGUCACCUUUACGCUACUCAGUGGUAACAUACGGAGAUUCCGGAGGGUUUGCGAGCACAUACAAUCCCAAAUCUGCGGACGAGGAAUCGGGCUGGGAAUUGGUGGUCAGAGCAGAGCAGGUCCACCGAGUCCGAGAACGUCGCGGAAAUUCACUCAGGAAAUGAGCGAAAGUUCGAGCUGCGGAAGUGAUACCAGUGAAAGAUUGUCCCUGAGCCCUCAUCCAGCUACCAGACAGGUAGUGUGUUUCAGCAAGAUCGAUUCAGACAUCGAAUCGGACACGUCGGUGUUCGACGUGAAAUUGCCAACGCGUGAAAACGGUCGGAGAAGCUCUACAUCGACGAACAACAACAACGCGUUACCGGGGGAAGUGACAACUUCUCCUGGAAGUCCACCAAAGGCGGUAAGGAGUACCUCGGAGAGUCAGAACGCGGCGGAGAAAAAAUGUGUGACUACGAUGAGUGGUAGCAACAUAGCGUGAUACUACCAGAACUUCCAAUUCCGGUUCGACCUUAGAUCCAGUCUUAGAAAUCUGUGGAACAGCAGACAGCGAUUUUGGUGAAGGCGAAACGGCGACAGAAGGGUCAUCGGGAACCAGAAACCAGAGGAAAGGGGCGAUCAGGAUGCUCGAGAUGCGUUAGAAAAAGUCUAAGAAACUUUCAAACUCGUGACUAGGUGCCUGUUGUAAACGAUGUAUAGGUAUAUCCAAUUCGGCAAUUAUUAAUAGCUUACAAUUAAUGUAUGUAUGUACACGUAGUGUAUAAAAGUCAGGCACUGUUCGACAAUUGUUUCUUUGAAUGAAUACAUUUUACUGUCUCACUACCUCUCACUCGACAUAUCAAUGCAUGUGCAGUGUAGGUACGAUAAGGGGUACAAAACUGCACGAAACCGACGACGCGAUCGAGUAGAUCUUUGUUGCGCGUUAUGCGCAUUGAGGAUCAGCAGAGAUGCAUUUAUUUGAUGAUGAUAGUUACUAACGGUGCUUUGCCGGAUGUGUUAUAUUUGAGGAAAGGAAACGGCAUCCUUGUGAAAUUUUCUUGUCAAAUCUGUGAAA